AUGUCCUUUACAAUAGGUUUUAUUUUAGCAUUCAUUUUAUAUAAACAAGGCUAAGUAUCAGGCUAUGAUUGCCCCUAAAAUUGCAUUUAAUGCAAUUCUAAUAUGUAAUGUUCUGAGUGCAAAAGCGGCUAUAUAUUAGAUCAAAAUAAUCUAGAAUGUGUUCCUUAAUGCAUCUUUGGUUAAUCAUUUGAUGCGUAAUCAAAUUCUUGCUAAUCUAUAUGUCCUAGUACUUACUAUUCUGACUCAUAAACUAACUUAUGCAAACCUAUGUUACCUUGUCCAACAAUGAAUUAGUAAGGUUAAAAUUUCUUUGAUGAGUUUUUAAAAAUGAUUUCAACUGCUUCUGGGUAAAUAUUACUUUAAGGUAUGGUUGGAGGUAAUUAUAGCUCAAAAAUAAUCAUAUUAGAUAAUCAAAAUUAUGAGCAUGUAGGACAAUUAACAGGACAUGAUGAUGGGGUAAUUGGAAUGCACAAUUUAAGAGUAUAUAAAAUAAGCGAUCUAGGAAAUAUUUCCAUUUAACAGGCAUACUUUCCUCAAGGCGAAGAAAUACUAAUAUCAGUAAGUAGAACCUAACUUAUUAUAUGGAAUUUAAAUUACAAUUAGAUCUUAUUUAAAAUAUCGUUUCCUAAGACCUUAGUAGGCUACUAUAAAUUAACUUAAAUAACAAAGGAUUACGUUAUUUUAAUGCAGGAUACUGAUAUAUUAAAUAAUUUCGCUGUAGUUUAUAUGUCUGAUAUAGUAAGCUAACCAAUAUACUAGAAGUAAUAAACUACUACUUUAAUUAGUUCCUCCUCCUAUAAACUCUUCAAAGAUGCCCAUAUCAAAUCAAUCACUGGAAUAUUAAUUUUACCAAAUUAUUAGCUAAUUAGUUACGGAUAAGACUAAGAGAUAGUCAUUUGGAGUAGCAUAAAUUAACCAAACAAAUAUUAAAGUCAAUGUUCAUUCAGUAGUCCUGUUGACUAAGUAUUGUAACUAACUAAUAUAAACUAUAUUAUAUAAACAGAUAGUGAUUACUCAUUCUAUAUUUAUAACAGUUUUAAUUGCACAGAAAUUGAAACAUUUCAUGGUAAUCCUAUUUAAUAAAUAUUAACAGAAACUACUCCUAGCAUAUUAAAUGUGAUUUAUUUCUUUAGCUGUAGUAGCUCAGAAAUCAUUUUAUAUAUUUAUGAUAUAAAUGAAUAGACAUACUCUUACGUUUCUUAAACUAAUAUAGAUAAUUAGUAUAGAUUUAUAACAAAUAAUUUCUUUGUUUUUAUUUCUUCUUAAGGAAAAGUAUCGAUAAAUUAAUUUGAUGAUAAUACUGGAUUAAUUUUAAUUUACACAUAUGAUUUAUAUUUCACAUAAUUAAAUCCAGUAAAUUAAGUAGUAGCUAAUAAUUAAAAUUUACUUAUCCUCUUUUCAGAAUUUGAUGUUCUUUUAUUAACCCCUCUUCCUUCAGAUCCUAAGUAACUACCUGUCAAACUGCAGAUUACUGAUAAGAAGAAAAACAUCAAGACUAAAAUGAAGUACCAUACAGAUACAGUAAAUGGAAUUUUAUUUGAUAGACUUUAUGAUAGGGUUAUUACUUACUCAGUUGAUGGCAGCUUUAAAAUAUGGGAAGAAAGAAUUUUAGAAAAUCAAGGAAAUGUAACAGACUACAGAUUAGUAAUAGAGCAAUUUCAUCCUUCAUGUAAUGUUUUACAAGACUAAUAAUGUUAUAGAUAGAUUUUAGAUAUGACUAUAGUUAUACCUAAUUUAUUUGCAUGCCUAUACAACGACAACACAAUAGUUUUAUGGAACUAUAACCCUUUCAAUACUACAAUAAAUGCUACUCUUUCUUUAGAUAUACAAACUUUGUAAAUAAAUAAUAUGUUCAUUUAUAAAAAUACUUUCAUUGCAUUUAAUAAUGCUAAUUAAAUGAAGGUUUAUAACUUCAUUACAAUGAGCAUCACUUCAGUCAUUAAUGAUAAUUUUUAUUAUGCAGUUCUUGAAAAUAAUAAUGGAAUAGACUAUUUAUAUUUUAUAAGAGCUAAUGCAGGCCAGGUCAUAAUAAUGAAUCUUGCAACUAAAACCAUAUUUAUGACUAAUUCAUAUAGCGGAAACUUGGGUUUUGCAAAAUAUUACCCUGAAAUUAAAUAUCUUUUCUUUUCGACUAUUUCAAAUAAUAUUUUGUAUAUUUAUCCUUUCCUCUUUUCCAGCGUCAUGAGAUACACAAUAAACAAGCCAGUAUCUAUCAGUGUAGAUGUUGUUACUAAAAACUUUAUGGUCUACCAGUAAGACUAUAAUGUUGCUUACUUUUAUUGGUCAGGUAGUAGACUCUUAAAUUAUGGUUCUUAUACUUUUGCUGCUUCAAUUCCUUUAAAAUUAUGUACAACGCUUUCUAAUCCUGAAUAGCACUUUUUUGUACAAAAUACAGCUUUUCCAGCAAUAAAAAAUCAAGUUAUUUCUUUUAGCUAUUAAUACAACAAUUAAAUGCUCCUUACGUUUGCUGAUAAAAUCUCAAGUAUAGCUAUAGACCCCAUCACUCGAAAGCUAUAUUUAGGUUUUGCCAACGGAAAUAUUUAUUCAGGUGGUAUUUCUACAAAUUUUUAUGCAUACUAGGAUAAAUCAUUUAAAUUUAAUGGAAUUUAUUAUAAUUAAAUUGAUCGCUCUAUUUAUGCCUUUAAUAGUAAUAUUCACUAAAUAGACACAACAACUAUGACUAAACCAAAAACUUAUUCAGGAGCUCAUAAAUCAUCUAUCAAUGAUAUUAUUAUAGAUACAAAGAACAACUGGAUUGUCUCUUAUAGUAAUGAUACAACAAAUAAUUUUUAUAGAUGGGAUAUGAAUGGUACAAGUGUGAGUUAAUUUAAAGGUGGAUAAACUUAUAAUGUUUUAAAUGCUUUUUUAGAUUUAGAUGCUGAUAUUAUAAUAAGUUAUUCUAGCGAUUUGACUUUUGCAGUAUGGCAAUAUUCUAACUUAUCACUGUUGUACAUAAUAAAUACUCAUAUUUAAGAAUAAGCAAAAUAUAAUGCAAGUAUUGCUUCUAUUCCACCUGAUUAACAAAUACCAUAUAAAAUAGUAUCUUAUUAUCAUGAUCCAAUCAAUAAAAGAAUUAUUUCUAUAAAUAAUAAUCAAAAUUUAUUCAUGCAUUACUAUUGUGAUGUUCCUGAUGCUAAUCCUCCUAUUAAGCAAAAUACUUACACAUCUUACACAAUACCAAAUAUGAUAGAUUUAUAUGUUGAUCUCGAUCCUGUAUAUGGUAAGUUUUAUGUAAAAGUGUUAAUUAAUAUGAUAUAUUCACUUCAAACCUAUAAUUUUCUUACUUUUGCUUAUGAAAAGUAACUUAGCUAUCACACUGAUAAUAUCCUUGGAAUGAAAUAUAUUAAUGCUAAAAGUUAUUCUUUUUAGUAUACAUAAUUAGUGAUUAUGGAUAGAAAGACUUAAUAAUUUAUUUUAUCUAUUUCUACAUAAAAUCCUCUUAUUACUAAUUUUAUAGUAUUUGAAAAGAUGGAUCAUAUUUAUUUAUACAGUGAAUGGCACAAAAAUGUUUUAAGUUAUAGGAUAGCAGUGCAUAGUCUUUCAACAGGAGUUUUAAUUAGACAAAUUCUUAAUUCAUAAUAUAUUGAAAACGGAAAUGUGCAUAUGGUUUUUCUAGAUGAAGAGCAUUAUCAGUUACUAAUUUAUAAAACUUUAAUUCUAAAUAUUUACACAAUUGAUGUGAGAACUUUUUCUUACACAAAUUAUUUUACCUACAAGUAUUUUCCACCACUAAAAAAAUCUAUAUUUAUUAAAGAGCACAAUCUAAUGUGUCACAUAGAUUCGUUUUUCUUAGAAAUAAUUUAAAUGGAUUUUUCAUUUAACACUAAUAAGAUAACAUUAAACAUUGCCGAAUAAAAGUAGCCAAGUUACUUUUAUAGUUAAAAUUCUAAAAUGCUAUAUUAUAUAGACACUGAUAAUAAUGCAUGGUAGUUUGGAAAUUAAAGCCAGCAUGCAAAGUUUGUUUAGAGUUUAAGCUUAGUACGAUAAACACGCUUUUAAAACGGAUUCUUUUAUGUUAUUACAGACUAGUAGAUAAUUUAAUUUGGAGAAAAUGGUGUUUAAUUAAUGGAUUCAUCUAUAUACAGAAUAGAUGUAAUAACUGAUAAGCUAUUGGUGUAGUACUCUAGCAUAGCAAAUUUAAAUUUUAUUAAUUACGAUAAUGUAAAUUCAAUUUUAAUUCAUCAAUUAGAAACUGGAAUUAUGGUAUUCUAUUUAGAUUUUGUUUCACAAAGUGACUAUAUGAAUAACUAAACCAGAAAUGCUCAAGUAAAUAAUACUGAUCCAGAUAUUUGUCCUUAAUGUACGUAAAAUAAUACCAAAAAUAAGGGUAUAUACAUAUAAUGUUACUACUGCAAAUAAUAAAAUUUAAUUAAGUAUUCCAUAGCUAAUAACAAUUAUCCCUCCUCCAACAAAAGCUUGGAUACAUUGCAACUAUAAUUUAGUAUUAGAGAUAACAAUUUAUUGUAAACUCUAAAAUCAUAUGAAAAUCUAAAUGUUCAAGGUUAAAUAUAUUCUUAUAUAACUUAAUAUGAUUAAUUUUCUAUUUUUAAAUAAAAUCCAUUAACCAAUACUUGGGAAUUGAUAAAUAAAAUUCCCUAAUCUUAUCCAAAUUUAGCUACUAAUACUUAAAUACUUAAUCCUACCAAUAAUUAUUAUUCAACUUAGGUUAUUGGUAUAUCUAAUGGAGUUUACUUUAAUUACAAUUUCUAAAUUUAAAAUACAAUUAGUUCACCUUAAAAUAUAUCUCCUCCAUCAUCCAUAAGUAAUCUUAAAUGCUAUUAUGAACUUUCUUCUGCUAGCACAUUAGAUAAAAUUUAAUCCUAACUAAAUUUAUUUUAGUUAUCUUUCGAUCUCUUGAAUUUAUAGAUGCAGCAAACUCUUUUUUAGAUUUAAGUAAAUUAAAAGUUUUAUUAUGAUCCCAACUUCUUUAGUUUAAAUUCAUAAGUAGUUUAUUCUGGUUCUUAGACUAGAGCCUUAAUGCAUAUAAUAACAGAUUCAUUUUCAUAAAAUUAACUUAACUUGUUGUAGGUAAGGAAUUAUGAUCUUGACAUUAGUUAAGCAUAAUUAGUACAAUUUAAUCCUGCUUCUAAAAUAAUUACAUUUGAAAAUGUAGCUUUAAAUAACACUGGAAAUUAGUUUUAGUUUUAAUUAAAUAGUUUACAAAGCAUAAUACUCGAAAAUAUAUCCAUCUCAACUUUGGAUCUAAAAGGAACAUUUUCCUUAUCAUACAGUAAAUUCGAAAAUAACACUAAUUUAUAAUCUCCUUUGAUAUAAUUAAGAGGUAAUUCUUAUUAAGUGACGUAAUCUACAUUUUCAUUAAUUAGUUGCUUAUUAUGUAACGGAGCUGCUAUUUAAGUUAUCGAGGCUUAAUAAUUACUUCUUAAUUCUACUCAAUUUAAAUUUUGCCAUGCUUUAAACGGUGGAGGACUAUCAAUUUAAGAUUCCUACUACAAUCAUACCUAAAUUUACAAUUCAAUAUUUGAAUAUAAUAUAGCAAAUGAAAGUGGUGGGGCAAUUUACGUAGAUAAGACAAAUCUUUUUAUGCAAAAUUCGAUAAUUUAACACAAUUAAGCCAUGAUCGGUGGUGGAAUAAGAUAUUUGAAGAUUGAACCUGUUUUUAUUUAUAUGAUGAAUAAAAAUUUAAAUAGUAAUCUCAUUUAAUAGAGACGAAAUCUUGAUCAAGUUUAAAAUGUGAUUUAAAUGAACAAGGCUACUAUUCAUAGCAAUAACUAUGGUUCAUAUGUAAGCAAUAUAAAAAUUUUGUAAUCAAGCGUUGUCUAUUUAGAAUAAACAGGAAAUGAUGGAUUACCAGAAUCUAUAAAAAAUGAUAAACAUAACCUUUAAACUUACUCUGUAAAUAGAUUUUAGAGUGGUCAAUAUUUUAACUUCCAGUUUUAGUUAUUGGAUGAUGAAAAUAAUCCUCUUUACUUUGAUCUUGAACUAGCAAAAAAAAACAAAUAUCCUCCAUCAAUCUAAAAUGAAAUUAUGUAGUUCAACAUCAGAGUAAAUACAAUUCACUCAGACAUUAAAAUAUUUGGAUAAUUUAUAACAGAUUACUCAAACUUUAAUUCUAUAUCAAAAUCAUUUUAAAUUACCUAAAUGUAAAUAGUAGCAAAUCCGAAAACUUAAAAUAUUUUCUAUAUAGAAAGUGAAUCAGUAUUAAAAGUACCAUAUCCCACACUAUAAAAUCGUGACAUUAAAUCAGGUCCUUUCCACAUAACAUUCAUUGUUGAUUUUAGAGAAUGCAUAAGAGGAGAGCUCUACAGAUUAUAAGGAAGUAUUUACUAUUGUUAAGAAUGCUUGGGGGAAACAUACUCCAUAGUAGAACCAGAUUAAAAUAAAUAUUUAGAUUAAUAAUGUAUAAGAUGCCCAGAUUAGGCUGAGUACUGCUAUAGGGACUAAAUGACAUUAAAAUAAGGUUAUUGGAAAUCUACUAACUUAACUGACUCUAUCGUAGAAUGUUCAAAUAAAUUAUCUAACUGUGUUGGAACAUAGGAAUAAGGAUAUUGCUUAGAAGGUCAUAUAGGUCCGCUGUGUGAGCAAUGUGAUAUUUAAGGAAAGUUUUGGAAAUAAAAAUACUAUACUGAUGGGUCUCUUGGUUGCAUGGAAUGCUCAUAACUAUUAAAGGCAAAGAAUUUAGUACAAACAAUAUUCAUAGCUUUAGGAAUGGUUGUUUAUGUACUAAUUAGCAUCAAAAUUGCAUGGGAUAUUAGUGAAAUGAUUGUUAUAGGUUAUUAUUUAAGAAUGCUUAAAUUCGCUCCUGUGAGUAAGUCAUCGUUUCUAGACACUACUAAUAUGAAUAUGAAAGCAAUGAUGAAUUACGUUUAAAUUUCUCAAUUAGUUAACACAGUAAAAGUUGCUCUUCCUUCAUGGUUAACUUUCUUCCCAGAAUAUGUUGGUAAUCCUAUUUAAAAUAUGAUAUACACAUUGGAUUGUUAUCUCGUAAAUGUAGAUUAGUAAAAUAUUCCUAUUCUUUUUAUGAGAAUAAUUUGGGGUUUAAGCAUACCCUUUUUGUAUUUAGCAGGAAUGUCAAUUAUUUAUAUGAUAUUUGUAAAAUUAAAAUUAAUGAGACACAACAAGUCAUAUAUUUAUAGUGGUUUGGUCUUUUUGUUUAUAUUCAUGCAACCAAAUAUGAUAUAAAACUUACUAGGUGCUAUGUCAUGCAGAGAAAUCGAUUAAUAAAAAUAUAUUUUAUCAGAUAUUUCUUUCAAGUGUUAUACUCAAAUUCACAAGAAGUUUAUAGGAUUUAUUUUAAUGCCAGGUCUUUUAAUUUGGGGGUUUGUUAUUCCUUUUUUUAUUUUAUUUAAGCUUAAUAAAAAUAAAGAUAAGUUAGACCAUGCUAAGAUAAGGCUAAUUUAUGGAUUCCUCUAUUAAGAUUAUAAAGCAAAAAAUUUUUAUUGGGAGUUUGUAAAAAGUUAUAUGAAAAUAGUAAUCGUUUGCAUCUAUAACUUUUAUGGAGAUCCUUACAUAGUGUUAGUAAAAUAUACUCCUUAUUAAAUGAUAUACUUCUAAUAAACAGAUAGAAAUUCUAUGGUGGUGAUAAUUAUAUUAGUCCUUAUGAAUAUAUUCUUAUAUAGCAAACCUGAUACUGUUUAGUCCUAGAUAUUUUAUAUUAUACUGUUAGGGAUACACAAUAUCGAUAAAGAAAGAGGAAUAAUUAGAGAUAAAAUUUUUGGUUUAUCUUCAUAGCAAUCAAAUUCGAAAGAUAAUUUUUAAAGUCUUCAUUUUUAAUCAAGUAGUAGUCUUGUUGGCAUAUUUCGCUAAAAAGCUAAAGUUCAUGAUAAGUUAUUCAAUGAAUAAAAUAAAUUGAAAUAUUCAAUAAGUAGUGUUAAAAUGGACAACAGCAGUACUAAAUAUGACUUUAAUUAGGAAAAUUAAAAAUAUUAAUUUGAUAAAUUAUAGAGUACUAAUUAACAAUCUCUCUUGCUUAACAACAACAGCAUAAAUCAAUUAUCAAAUUAUAUGUCAAAUAUAACUUUUGAUAGUCCAUUCAUACAAGUUUGUUAAGACGAAAUCAUAGAGAGCGAAUUUAAGACUAGUAGUAUUGGAAAUUACAAUAUAGAUUAAUCUUCUCACUUAUAAAAUUUAAGCUAAGAAUAAAUAAUGAUGUAAAGUUUUAAUUCAAGUAAUAUCAAUUUCAUUAAAAGAGAAAGCUUGAUUAUUAAAAAUUUAAAAAGAGUGAGCUUGUUUACAAAUAUAGAUUAAUCAAAUUAAUAGCUAAAUCAAAAGGAUUUAAAUAAUAAAUCUGAGAACUUCCUAUAAAAUUCUAUAUUUAAAUGUAUAGAUUAAAGUAAAGCUAUUGAAAACUAGUUACCUUUUUAAGAGAGUCCUUUAAUGAUUCCCCAAAAAGAGACAAAUUAUAUAUUUUUAGAAUAAAAGGUGGAUCAAAAAGAAGAAACAAAAAAUGAAGAUCUAAAAGCAGAUACCAAUUAUUUUGAGUCUGUAACUGAUUCAAUUAAUUCCAAAGUAAAAUCAAAAUCACCUUUCUUUUUAGAGAUUAGCACCAUUGAAAAUUAAUUUUCUAAAGAAGUUGAAAGUAUCAGCUCUGAAUAUAUGAAUAAUUCUCUAAAAUAAUUUGAUAUGAUCAGAUUAGAGUAAAAUGAUGAAAUAAAUGAAUAAAGUAUAAAUUAAUAAUAAUAAAUGUCUGAUUUUUAUGAUGUAGAGAGUUAAGAGUCUCAAUAAAAUGACUACCAAAUUACUCCACAAUCUCAUGAUUAUUUUAAGUAAUAUUAAAAUUACUUCAAAUAAAUCGAUCAUUUAGAUUUAAAUAGCUAAUCUGGAUAAAAAUAACCAAUUGAAAACAAUAAAUCAAAUGGUAUAAACAUAGAAUUAUAAGAAUUAGGUUCCCUAUAAGAGGAGAGUAAUAAAUAAUAAAGUAUAGAAUAAAUAAAAUAUAUUGAAGAUUUAGAAUCGAAAUAAAAAGAUCUUUUAAAUAACAAGGAUAUAAUUACUGAUAAUUAAACAAAAAACCAAAUAUUUACACAAAAAAGCUCUUUUAGCUUUUAAGCUGAGGAAAAUUUUGAAUAUUAAAAGUAAUAAACUGGAGUUAGCAGCAUAAUGCCUCAUUAUAUAUAUGGCCAAAGUUUUAAUUUAGAUAAAAAAUAAACAAAAAUCAUAGAAUAAGGAAAAAUAAUAAUGGAUUAAUAGGAAAUAAAUACAUUAAAUUAAGUAAUACAAAGUUUUAAUUAAGAACUUGAAAACAUGAAUUUAGAAAAUAAAAUUACAGAAUUUUCUUUUAAAAACGUAAAUUAGUCAGAAAUUAACUAAUAAGAAUAAGCCAGUGAUUUAGAUGGCAUAAAACCAGAACAAUUAAAAUCUGAAAGUUUAUCUUAGUCUGAAAGCAGUUAAGCUAAACAAAGAAAUGAAGAGAUUAUUGGAAAUGUAUUUUAAAGCGAAGAACAAAAAAUAAAUAACUCCUCUUAAAAUGAAUGA